CCUGGGCUUCUUCUCAAAGCGCAAUGUUGAGUCACGUGUUGACCUAGCCUCCAGCCCUACCUAGGUACAUGUAUCAGCGGAUCGACCCGCCUCCUAAGUACCGUCCGGCACGGGUGUAUCCGCGUCUAGUGCAGCGCCUCCCAUCUCAUAGAUACAGUCGAGUUGCAACUCUCUCAACCGCCUGCUUUCAUCACUCUGUGACCGGUUCCGAUUGAUAUGUUCGGACAAGUAUAUUGUGAUAUUGUGCUUACUAACGCGCAUGGGGCCGAAGAUCCCAGGAAUCCGUGCCCCUGCACUUGGCAAGUCCCAAUCAUCUGGACGCGAACAGAAAGGGGCGCAGCUUGAAGAUCAUAUAAUGACCGUGAGCGGCUACAACUUUGCAGAGGUUGGGAGGAUGAGUUCUCUCUUGUAUUUAUUUUUCGUCCAUGAACCAUGAAUAGGAAUAUCCGCCGGUUUGCCCUCUAUUCCAUAGGGGUAGCCUGUCUCCUGAUAGUACUGGUGACGGGAGCUCUUCUCCACUAUCGCCUCGAUGCGUUUUCCACAGUAAACCUUAUUCCACCCGCAAAAGCACAAAAGCCACCAGCGAGCACCCCGUCACCAGUCACACCGGACUUGGCACCAACUGCGCUGCUCAAGACGCCUGUUGAACUCCAUGUUGAACGCCCACCACCAAACUAUGGACUGUCGCCCGCCGAAUGCCGUGCCCAGUUCCCCGGCCUCUUCGAUCAGAUAGAUCGGUCUGUUGCCUGGCGAAAGGAAACAGGAAGGAACAUCACGAGCGCAGAUCUGGAUCUGUCCUGGAAGUCCAGUGGAGUAGCACGGGCCUUGAUACACAAUCAGAAGCUAUACAUACUCGAAGCGACAUUCGACCCGAAAGGGCACCACAGACCACGACUCUACGCCACUCUCCAUCAGCUGAACCGCGCUAUAUCGUCGGCCCCCUUCCCGAUCCCCUCCAUCGAAUUCACAUUCACCGUCGACGACAUCGCCGACGAAACACACAGCCACCAUGCCAUCUGGGCUUAUUCGCGACACAUGUCCCUCGACAAUGAAGCGACAUGGGUCAUGCCGGACUUUGGGUACUGGUCGUGGCCACUUGAACUGGUGGGCGAGUACGACCAGGUACGACUGGAUAUGCGGGUUCGAGAGGUGGAAUGGGAAAAGAAGAUUCCAAAGGCGCUUUGGCGAGGGGCAGUGAAGACGAAUAAGGCGAUAAGGGGCGCGCUCCUGGACGUGACGACGGGUAAACCUUGGGCUGAUGUUCAGGAAGUCAAGUGGAAGAGUAGUACACAGGUGGCUGACGGCAGCUCCGCGGUCGCGAUGGCGGAUCAUUGCAAGUAUCAAUUUCUCAUUCACACCGAAGGUCGCAGCUACUCCGGCCGCGGCAAAUACCUGCUCAACUGCCAAUCCGUCUUCAUCACGCACAAACCCCAGUGGCUCGAGCCCCAUACGCACCUCUACGUAACCUCGGGCCCGCUCCAGAACGUCGUAGAGGUGCGACGCGACUUUUCAGACCUCGAGGAAAAAGUGCUCGAGCUCAUUCGAGACCCCCAGCGCGCCAAAACCAUUGCGAAUAACAGUGCCGCGGCGUUUCGAGACAAGUACCUUUCGCCCGCGGCGGAAACGUGCUAUUGGAGGCAAUUGUUUCUGGCGUGGGCGCAUGUGAGCUUCGAACCGGAGAUAUGGGAGGUUGGGAAGGACGGGAGGCCGAAGAUGAGGGGUGUACCUUUUGAGACUUAUGUGGUGCGGGGCGGCCCCAGUCAAUGCUCAUGGUUGGGGAAGCUAUUCUCUCGGUGUUGAGGAAAACACUCCGCAGCAAGAUGAAACGGUUCUUGUCGCUGAUCAAAGAGUGGACAAGGGGCAGGAAGCCUCAAACGCACGGCCGCGCGCUCCGAUCAGGGCAGGACAAUGUCGUUAUACGAGAAACGAGCCGGAUUGGAGUCUCGAAUGCUUGACUUACACGGCGUCCACAUUCCACAUUCCAGACGAACGGAUAUCUCCAGAACAACAGAAUCGAGAGGAAGAGAGGAACUAGGUACACAGAACUCUCAUAGGUUUGCUGGGGGAAGAGAAGGGCCCUCACAGGAAACCCCAGCCGGAGGCAACCCUCGAUGAAAAGACCGGCCAGGGAACAUUGAGCGACCAACCAAGACGGACCAUGAUCACCCAAGGUUUGCACUCUAGAAGGGAAGGGCUAGGAAUCCUGGAGGCGAUGGUUUUUCUCGUCCACAAACAGUCCAAAGAAGACCAUGCCGAAGCACACUAGAGCAACGUGCCUGGUCCCGACCCGAUAGGC